CCCUGCAUCCUCGCCUCGCUCCCUCUCUCCUCGCCCGCUGGGUGCUGAAGUUGGACGGAUGGCAGCGAGCAGGCUCCGCUAGAGGACCGAGCAGCCCAGCCUAGCGCCCCCGGACCUGUCCGUGCGCUGCCCGCACCUCCAGGCUCCUGGCCAAUCCAGUACUCACGCAGCUGAAAUGCGAAAAAGGCAGCAGCCGCAAAAUGAAGGAACGCCCGCCGUGCCCCAGGCGCCUGGAAACCAGAGGCCCAACAACACGUGCUGCUUCUGUUGGUGCUGUUGCUGCAGCUGCUCCUGCCUCACUGUGAGAAACGAGGAAAGAGCGGAAACUGCAGAAAGACCCACGCACACCACCAAGAUGGAGAGCAUCCAGGUUCUAGAGGAAGAAGGGCAAAACCCCACAUCCGAUGAAGUCCUGUCCUGGUCUCAGAAUUUUGACAAGAUGAUGAAGGCCCCGGCAGGAAGAAACCUUUUCAGAGAGUUCCUGCGGACAGAAUACAGCGAAGAGAACCUACUUUUCUGGCUUGCCUGUGAAGACUUAAAGAAAGAGCAGAACAAAAAAGUAAUCGAAGAGAAGGCCAGAACGAUAUAUGACGAUUACAUUUCGAUCCUAUCACCUAAAGAGGUCAGUCUCGAUUCUCGAGUUAGAGAGGUGAUCAAUAGAAAUCUUCUGGAUCCCGAUCCUCACAUGUAUGAAGAUGCCCAGCUUCAGAUAUAUACCUUAAUGCACAGAGAUUCUUUUCCACGGUUUUUGAACUCUCAAAUUUACAAGUCAUUUCUUGAAAGUACUGCCGGCUCUACUUCUGAAUCUUAAUUUUCGUUUUCAAAUGUCUCUGGGGAGGGCUGGGAUGGGAAAUAAACGUAGUUAAAUGAACACCAGAAGCUGAGUUCCUGGAGAACUCCAGUCUAGCAUUCCUCAGGCUACUGUGAAAAUACAACCAGGUGGUCUUUGUCUCCAUCUUUACCAAGGUCAUCCAUGGUUAAGUUUGGACAAAAUACCACGUAAAACAAUGAAUUGCCAAAUUAAGUUCAUUUCCUUGAACACUCACUCUGCUUGCAAGCAAACUGUAUUCGUAGUCCCACCAACAGUCUCCUAGUGUAUCUCCAGAGACUGCAUGUGCAAAGUAAAACUGCUUCAUUUGCCACAUCGUUGUUGUAGUAUUUAAUCCAAUGGCAUAACUUAUAUCUGUAUUUAAGGACUUUUGUGCAAUAUGGUCUUACAGAAAUCGAUGCCAAAAAGUCGGCCGUGGUUUGCAUUUUUAAAUAUAAUCCAAGACAGAAAAAGCCAAUUUUUAAAUUGUAACAGUGGUAUUCCACCUGCUACAUACUGUGUUCAGUACACUAACUUCGAAUCCAGUGUUUCUGACCAUGGGAAAAAAAGAGCUAUUUGUCUCUGUUCGUUGGGAAAUCCUAAUGGGGGAUUCCUCUGGUGGUUCCCUGCCAACGCUGUGGCAUUUUCAUCACAGAAGGGUUGGUUGUGUAAAAAAAUAAUAACGUGAAAAGAGAAAAAAAGCACAAAAUAAUUUGGAGACAUUCUCUCUCGACAAAUCAGAAUGAUAUUGUUUUUCAUUGUAACAGAAGAAAACGAAUCUAUGUAUAUAUCACGUGUCCAAUACUGUAAUUAAUUUAUUAAAGACUGGCUCUCCAGUUCUAAAA